CAUGAAAGCGGGAAGAGAAAACAUGCAGUUUUAAUGAGGAAUGGUGUUUUUGUUCCUUUUCUCCAUCGCUAAAAAUGGGAGAACGAUGAGAGUUGCUGAUAUAAUACAUCUUUCUUUGACUUGAACAGGAAAAUGGGUAUUAUUCUCUUUUUAUAUUUUGUUCGUCUGGCUUUCUCCUCGUCUGCUUGUGGGAGGGAGGUGCCACGCUCAGAGAUGAGGAAGACAUCAGAAGAAAAGCAAGUUGACAGCCCUCUGUGCCUCACUUAUGCAACAACAGCCAUUGUGAAGUGAAUGAGAAGAAAAGUGGAAGAAAGGUUCAGAAAGAGGAGGACGCUCUGCAGCAGAGCCCCACUGUGCUGAACACAGAACUGCGUGACUCGGCUCCACAAUCGCAGAGAGGGGAAGGAAGAGGAGACAGGAGAGGAGGGGAGGAAGGUGGCAAAGAAAGAAAGAAAGGGGGAGGGGAGGCAGUCCAUCGCAGCGCUAGCUCAGUGGAUGAGCAGCAGCCGUGGCUCAGGCGGCGGCAGCAUCAGCACCACCCGCUGCAGCAUCUCUCUCGGUGGAUGCUGCGGGGGACGUGAUCUGCGCACCCAGGCAUCCGGACGGCGGGCCUCGCUUGCUUUUGCACACUCACACAUGUGGCCACCGGAGACCAGGCGUUAGGAGACGGGGCUCGGGAGACCGGGUAGGGGUGGGGGUGGGGGGGCUGGAGAAGAGAGGAAACAGGGACAGCUGGUGGUAUAGCGCAAACGAGCGGAGGACUGGAGGAGCAGCAGCAGCAGCAGUAGCAGCACCACCAUGGCGCAAGCCGCCAAGCAGCUCCGCAAGACCAAGGACCUCGCGGAGGCCGCCGCCCAGGAGCAGAGGGAGAAGGAGGAGGAGAAGCUAAAAAAGAGGAAUCGAUCCAGGGACCGCAGGCGCAAGGCCGAUGCAGCCACCAGCUUUCUGCGAGCAGCUCGUUCAGGGAACCUGGACAAGGCCCUGGACCACAUCAAGAAUGGUAUCGACAUCAACAUAGCAAAUCAAAACGGUCUAAACGGGUUACAUCUGGCCUCUAAAGAAGGUCAUGUCAAAAUGGUCCUGGAGCUUCUACACUCCGGCAUCGAGCUGGAGGCAACCACCAAGAAAGGGAACACGGCCCUUCAUAUCGCAGCUCUGGCUGGACAGGAGAAAGUGGUGGCUGAGCUUGUCAACUACGGUGCCAAUGUCAAUGCCCAGUCCCAUAAAGGUUUUAGUCCGCUCUACAUGGCUGCACAAGAGAACCAUUUGGAGGUGGUCAAGUUCCUGCUCGAGAAUGGCGCCAAUCAGAGUCUCCCAACUGAGGAUGGCUUCACGCCCCUCGCCGUGGCUCUCCAGCAGGGCCAUGAAAAUGUGGUGGCGCUGCUCAUCAACUACGGCACCAAGGGCAAAGUCCGCCUCCCCGCUCUACACAUCGCUGCACGGAACGACGACACCCGCACAGCCGCCGUUCUCCUGCAGAACGACCCCAACCCCGACGUCCUCAGCAAGACUGGUUUCACUCCUCUUCACAUAGCAGCACACUAUGAGAACAUGAGUGUGGCUCAGCUGCUGCUCAACAGAGGAGCCAACGUGAACUUCACCCCUAAGAACGGCAUCACACCCCUACAUAUAGCUUCCAGAAGAGGAAACGUUAUGAUGGUCAGACUACUACUGGACAGAGGAGCACAGAUUGAUGCAAAAACAAAGGACGAGCUGACUCCCCUCCACUGUGCAGCCAGGAAUGGUCAUGUUCGCAUCAUUGAGAUUCUGUUGGAACACGGUGCUCCUAUCCAGGCUAAAACAAAGAACGGGUUAUCCCCAAUCCACAUGGCAGCUCAAGGGGAUCACAUGGACUGUGUCAGGCAGCUACUGCAAUACAACGCUGAGAUCGACGAUAUCACGCUGGACCACCUAACCCCGCUUCAUGUAGCAGCCCACUGUGGUCACCACCGCAUGGCCAAAGUUCUCCUGGACAAAGGAGCAAAAGCCAAUGCUCGUGCUUUGAACGGCUUCACGCCUCUUCAUAUCGCCUGCAAGAAGAACCACAUGCGGUCCAUGGACCUGCUGCUAAAGCACUCCGCUUCACUAGAGGCCGUCACAGAGUCUGGCCUCACUCCUCUUCAUGUAGCAGCGUUUAUGGGCCAUCUGAACAUUGUCAAGAACCUCCUCCAACGAGGAGCUUCACCUAAUGCUUCCAAUGUGAAAGUGGAGACUCCUCUCCAUAUGGCCUCCAGAGCAGGACACUGUGAAGUCGCUCAGUUCUUGCUGCAAAACGCAGCACAGGUGGAUGCAAAGGCAAAGGAUGACCAGACGCCCCUACACUGUGCAGCUCGAAUGGGCCACAAGGAGCUUGUCAAGCUGCUCCUGGAGCACAAGGCCAACCCAGACUCAGCCACGACCGCAGGACACACGCCCUUACAUAUUGCUGCUCGCGAGGGACACAUCCACACCAUUCGAAUUUUGCUGGACGCUGGAGCACAGCAAGUCAAGAUGACAAAAAAAGGCUUUACUCCUCUCCAUGUGGCCUCUAAAUAUGGAAAGGUGGACGUGGCGGAGCUCCUUCUGGAAAGAGGAGCCAACCCCAACGCGGCUGGAAAGAACGGCCUGACACCGCUUCAUGUGGCCGUCCAUCACAACAACCUGGAUGUUGUUAAACUCCUGGUCAGCAAAGGAGGAUCAGCACACAGCACUGCCCGAAACGGCUACACGCCUCUCCACAUAGCUGCCAAGCAGAACCAGAUCGAGGUGGCCAGUUGUCUGCUCCAGAAUGGAGCCUCUCCAAACUCAGAAUCUCUCCAAGGCAUCACGCCACUGCACCUGGCUUCACAGGAGGGACGGCCAGACAUGGUUGCCAUGCUCAUCUCCAAGCAGGCCAACGUGAAUCUAGGAAACAAGAACGGACUGACGCCUCUUCAUCUUGUAGCUCAGGAGGGUCAUGUGGGAAUAGCGGACACGCUGGUCAAACAAGGAGCUUCUGUUUAUGCUGCCUCACGGAUGGGCUACACGCCUCUUCACGUGGCCUGUCACUAUGGCAACAUCAAAAUGGUGAAGUUCCUUCUGCAGCAGCAGGCUCAUGUGAACGCCAAGACAAGGAUGGGCUACACCCCUCUCCACCAGGCGGCUCAGCAGGGCCACACCGACAUUGUCACGCUGUUGCUGAAGCAUGGAGCACUGCCAAAUGAGAUUACUUCAAAUGGGACAUCCCCCCUGGGCAUUGCUAAACGUCUCGGAUACAUAUCCGUGAUCGAUGUCCUGAAGCUGGUUACAGAAGAGUCCGUUUCCACAAUCACCACAGAAAAGCAUCGCAUGAGCUUUCCGGAGACAGUCGAUGAGAUCUUGGAUGUUUCUGAAGAUGAAGGGGUUGCACAGCUAACGUUAGGUGACGAGCUUCUAGGUUUGGACGGAGCCCGAUACUUGAAACUCGAUGACUUCAAGGACCAGGACGACGACUUCCUCUCUCCGAAAAAGACGCUUCGAGAUUUUGAGGGGGGUGUGGGAACCACGCCAUAUUCUCCUGCUAUUCCGAGGAUCCCCUGUGUGUCUCCAGAGACGGUUCAGCUGGACCAGCACACCCCCAUUCCUUUGCCAAAAGAGUAUGACGAAGACUCGCUGAUCCCCAGCAGUCCAGCCACAGAGACUUCGGACAACGUCAGCCCUGUGGCCAGCCCUAUUCACACAGGCUUCCUAGUGAGUUUUAUGGUGGACGCUCGGGGAGGCUCCAUGCGGGGCAGCAGACACCACGGCCUGCGGGUCAUCAUCCCUCCUCGCACCUGUGCAGCUCCGACCCGCAUCACCUGCCGCCUUGUCAAGCCUCAGAAACUCACCACACCUCCUCCACUGGUGGAAGGGGAAGGUCUUGCUAGUCGGAUCAUCUCCUUGGGUCCAUCCAGUAUGCAGUUCCUCGGACCCGUGAUUGUGGAAAUUCCUCACUUUGCCUCACUUGGUCGAGGAGAUCGAGAGUUGGUCGUACUUCGCAGUGAAAACGGCUCAGUCUGGAAGGAGCAUCGUAAUCGCUAUGGCGACGAAGUUCUGGAAACAAUUUUAAACGGCAUGGAUGAAGACUUGGAGAGCCAAGAGGAACUGGAGAAGAAGAGAAUCCGCCGGAUCAUUUCCACCGACUUUCCCCUUUACUUCGCCGUGGUCUCCCGCAUUCAGCAGGAAAGUGACCUCAUCGGUCCAGAAGGCGGGCGGCUGACCACUAAACUGGUGCCUCACGUGGAGGCCAUUUUCCCUGAAACUGCCGUCACCAAGAGAGUUCGGCUGGGACUGCAGGCUCAACCAAUCCCGGAUGAGCUGCUAACGAGGCAGCUCGGCAACCAGGCGACUUUCAGUCCAGUGGUGACCAUUGAACCACGCAGACGCAAAUUCCAUCGUCCGAUCGGACUGCGUAUUCCUUUACCACCGUCCUGGCGGGAAAGUCCCCGUGAUGCCGGCGAAGGAGACACCACCAGCUUACGCCUCCUCUGCAGCGUCAUAGGUGGAACGGCUCCAGCUCAGUGGGAGGACAUCACUGGAACCACCAAGCUGAUGUAUGCUCACAACUGUGCCAGUUUUACCACCAACGUGUCUGCAAGAUUUUGGUUGGCAGACUGUCCGCGUACGGCAGAAGCAGUGACUUUUGCCAAUUUGCUGUACAAGGAGCUGAUGGCCGUUCCAUACAUGGCCAAGUUUGUUAUUUUCGCAAAGAUGAACGAAGCGCGGGAAGGCCGAUUGCGAUGUUACUGCAUGACGGACGACAAGAUGGACAAAACUCUGGAACUGCAUGAAAACUUCAGCGAAGUGGCACGCAGUCGGGAUAUUGAGCUUAUGGAGGGGAUGCCGCUUCAUCUGGAGUGUUCUGGGAAUUUGGUGCCCAUCCGAAAGGCAACUCAGCAGCCUCGCAGCUUCAGCUUCCAGGCCUUCAGAGAUAACAGAUUACCAGUGUCUGUCAAGGUCAGAGACAGCAACAAGGAAGCCACAGGGUUUUUGUCUUUCCUACGAAAGUGCACCAAGUACGAGGACGCCCAGCAUGUGCUAUGUAACCUCAACAUAACCAUGCCACCUUGUGUCAAGGUUGCUGGAAGUGAAGAGCGCAGGAGAACUUUAACCCCUCUCGCCCUAAGAGAGCGUUACAGUGCACUGAACGAUCCUGCUGCAGUAACAGUCAACGCCAUGGAGAGGACAGAGAUCAAAAUCAACAUUAUAUCUGAGCAGUUGGGUUUGAGUUGGGCAGAGUUGGCCAGAGAGCUUCAGUUUGGUGUUGAUGACAUAAACAGGAUCCGUGUAGAGAAUCCAAACUCCCUUCUGGACCAAAGCUCCACUCUGCUCAACCUGUGGGCCAGCCGAGAGGGCAAAAAGGCCAAAAUGGAGAGCCUUUACACUGCUCUGAAGAACAUUGACCGCGCAGACAUUGUAGCUUCGCUGGAGGGUCAGCCCCCACCGGCAGGACCCGAGUCUUUGGAGGAAGGGGCAUGCCGCCUCAGCGACCGUGACUCCACCUUACUCUCCCCCAGUGUCAUUAAUGAGAUCACGGACACAAGGCCAUCGCGCCUCGUGCACAAGCCACGAGUUAUUAGAGCCCCGUUUUUCAGAAGGGGUUAUGGGCUGGUGCAGGAGGAGCUUCUUUCUCCCGCCUCCAUGCAGUACAGCUUGCAGUCUCCACUGGGUGUGGAGCCCUACUGGCAGGAGGUCUCUAGCCUGGAGUGUGCGCCCAUCGCCACCACAGAGGAGGACACUUUGAUGGAGAUGUCGGAUGUUCAGGUGUGGCCUGCAGGGGUCAGCCCCUCACUGGUGACUGUGGAGGACUCGUCUCUGGAGGGCAGCAGUCGGGCGGAUGACUCAGAGGGGGCCACGCUCUCCCUACCCUGCAGCCUCGGCCGCCCAAGCAGUGGCGCCAGCGGGGCCAGCGGUUCCAUUAUGGAGUUGGAAGAAGAAGAGGAGGAGGAGGAGGAUGAAGGGGAGGUUGAGGAGGAGGAGGUGCCACAUGAGCCAGCGAGCGCACUGGCAGAAAGGGACAGAGCGAGGGCCAGUGGCGCUGUGCCCAAGGUCAAUCAAAACGGGCAGCUGGGAGGUCAGAGGUCGGACGCCAGGAGAGGGGAGGCGGCGGGAGCAGGACGAAAAGGAGCUCAGGGAGCAGGGCUGGGCUCAGUGGACAGGGUUUCUCUUGUUUCAGGACAACAGGUGUACACCCACGGGAGUGAGAUGAGUGGUCUGUCAGAACACAACGGAGACAACCGGUUGGUGGGGGGAGGAGCGUUCCAGCCCUACUUACCCGACACGGACUCCCUGCAGGGCUGGAUGGGCUCAGCAGUGUCAGCUGAACGUGACAGCAGCAUUCCGGGCUUGCACGCAGCCCCAGAGGCGCUGCUGACUCCGAGAGAGCUGAAGGAAGACUUCUCUGCUGAGGUUCAGAUUGUUGAAGAGCGUGGGAAUGCUCUGUCUAAAAAGGUGCGUCAGGUGGGGGUGGAUGUGAGAAAGGGUGUUCAGUCAGUGCAGCGCUCCAGUCUGCGGAGAGUUAAACACUGAAACACACAUACUACCCAGUCUUUCAGGACAAGAAAGCCACUGCCAAACCCUCUUCCACAAGAACACGACCAGACAGGAGAGGAAAAUGACCGGCGGGGCGAUGAAGAAAGAAGAAACUUAAAGAAAAAAAAAAAACACACGAAAAAAACAGAAUCAUCCUUGGCCUGUGACCAUGGAUCAUUACACAACAAAAAAAGAGGACAAAAAAAAGAAAAGUUCAACUUGUAGUUUUAUAAUAUUUGCAAAGAAAAAAAUAUAAAGUGAACUAAGGCAUGAUUUGUUUUUUUAUAUAAAAGAAACUAUAAUGUUGGUACAACAACAAAAAAAGCAACAAAGUGCUUCCUGUGAACAGUAAUCGCAUGAUAACUGCUGGUGCAUGCCCUUUGACCUUUUGAAAUGUCAUUAUCUACAAGCUGAAGUAUGAAAGCUGGCCACAUGUGGGUCAUAAGUCUUUUGUAAGGACCUUUCCCCCCUGCCAGGUGGAGUGGUCAGUCCAAUAACCCUACAGCCAAAAAUAGUCCCACAGAGGAUGGUUACAUUUAGAGCAAGGCCUCCACUGAGCUUACCAAUGCUUAUUUCUCUGGACCUUUUCCUUAUUAUUCUUAAUGUGAUAUAUGCACUCUAUGCUAUGUGGACAUGUAUCAGUGUGUAUGUGUGUGUAAAUCUCUACCGCAUGUGUUUCCUGCUUCUGGCUUUGAGCCCCGCCCCAUGAUUGGCUUGCUGUCCAUGUGAUGUCACGGCCCGCUCAGCACCAGAAUGAGAAAGCCACUGCGCUACUCGCUUGCGAAUUCUCAUCUAUGUGGUCCAACUGUUUGUUUUUUUUCCCCUAGUGUGCCAGCUCGCUUCUUGAUGUUUGUUUCUUCAGACCUGUCCGCUAUGGUUUAAUUUUUUUUUUUUUACUCUGGUCAAAAAUCUGUCACCCCUUGUGUUUUCGGGUUGUGUUAUCAAGACUUUGGGAAUGUUUUUCUACGCGAAAGCUACUUCGAUUGUUAUUCAGCAGUUCUUCAACACAAAUCCCGUAUUUUGUUGAGCUCCAUCAAGAGCUUUCAAAGUUCUUCCCUCUUUUCUCUUCGGUAGCGUGUAUCUUCUAGAGCCACCACCACCUCCAACACAGGAUUCUGCUGUUUUUGUGUUCGUAGCAGCUCCUCACUGUCCAAUUUUUGAUCGUAUAUUAAAGAAAGAGAAUUAGGUGGAAAAAAACAGGAAGAGUUAAGUUUGAAGGAGACAUCUGAGGAUUUCUGACUCGUUUUAAAGCAUGAAGUCUUGACAGGAACUAGACAGGAAGCACUGUGAUUGUCUCAUCAACUUGACCCCAGACUCGUGAAAUGUCAAGACUAACACAUAGUUUAAGCACACAUAUACAUACAUACAUAUGUGUGGUAUAUAUAUAUAUAUAUAUAUAUAUAUAUAUAUAUACACGCACAGUGUCUCAAAAAAGUGAGUACAGCCCUCACUCCUGUUGCGAGGAGUUUGGCUGUUGAUGCCUCUAUUAUGAUUUAUUUUGAAGAAGAAAAAAAAUAACUUUACACAGCUAUAAAAGAUGAAGACUGGCUACUUUUCAUUGUGUCAAAAAUUCAUCUCAGCUGUGUUGUCUUAUGAAAAAACUAUAAAUAUAUAUCUGCAGCAAUGUACGGGGUGUACUCACUUUUGUGAGAUACUGUAUAUAUAUAUAUGAGUUACCAUUUUCUAGUCAGAUAGUUGAGACGCAGCAAUAACUAACAAAAAGAGGACAAGAAAGUUGAAGUUUUGACUGUAUAAAGACUUCAAACAGACUAAACUUCAUCCAUAAUUACAGAAGCUCCGCCUGGAUACACGUUGGCCAAUUCCUCAUCUAAUGCAAGACCAAAUGAUUUUGCUGUAGCACGAAAAGUCCAGACAUUUUGCUGUUGUUUCCUUUCUCAGCACUUACGUAGCAAAAAUAUAAAAACCAAGAGGUGUUCAUUUAAUGCUAUAUAUUGUGUUUUAAGAAGUUUUGGCGCUGUCCUUGAAGUGAAACCAUCAUAAUUCAAUUUUUUUCCCCCAAAAGCUUUUUCCUAACAUUUUAAAAACGCAUUUCUGUAAAGCUUUCACUAUCAACACUUUAUGCAGGAACCUGGACGGCAGCACUUUGUACAGGUCAUAUCACAGUAGCACACAAACAAGCGAACUCCCAUAAGUACUGUAAAUGCUGUAACCUAAACGCUGACUGAACGAACACAUCAGUUAGAAACAAAUGCACACAUUUUGUCUGUGAAAUUCAUCCAGUAAAAGCACACGGCUUUUCAACAUCACAUUCUCCACUCAGGUUUUCAGUUCUGCUCUGUCAGAAACAAAAAUAGGUUUUAGUUUUUAAAAACAAAGUGUGGCACAUGGCAAGGUGUUUCAGAGGGGGGGAGGGCUUCGCAGCGUGGCAUUAGGGGUGGGGGUGCAUGACUGAGUCUGUGUGUGAGCCUCCUCCUGUUUGUUGCUUUUGUGUCGAGUUUAUUCUGAACAAUUACAGAAAAAAGAUGAACUAUAAAGACAAUUUUCUUUCAGUGUGUUUUAAAAGAUUUCUGUCACAUUUGAAAGUUUUAUUUUGAAAGUUUUUCUUUCAGUUUUAAUCAUUUAUUUUGAAACUGUUACCAAAUCAACUGUGCUGCUGAAGUGAAUGUGAAAGCCUUGCGAUGAGAUGCGGAACAGAUACCAACUUAGUUUGCCAAACUGUGUAAGUUUAGGUCAUUUUGGUCAAGUUAUAAUCCUUGAGACGCUCAGUUAUCACUAAUAGAAAUUAUGUUCUCAACUAUAUAACAUCACUUAAACAGCCGUGUUGCCGGCAUUGGUGGAAAUUAGAAAUAUUUAGAAAUUAUAUAAAUAUGACAUCACAUUAUUUGAAAUGGGAUGUUUAACUGAUCACAUGAAAUUCACAGUGACAAUUGGAGGAUAAAACUGACAAAAUUCCAACAGUUUUUUUUGCAGAUGCUAAAAACAUCUGGAUUCAAAUUGUAGACAGUGGCAAAGUCUUGCUUUAAGAAUCACAUUGGAUUUGUUACUGCACAUCAUUCGCAUCUACUGAUAGUAACACAGUUGCUAAGGUUAAGGUAACGACAAUGAGAAAAACCAAACUUUAUGAAAAUAAUUCAAGAAAACAGCAAAGGAUAUUUCAAAAUGUAGGGAAAAUAUUGUUUAUAUUAUUGACAAUUUUGGUUAUCACUAUUUUAUUUAUAAUUUUAAGGAUUAUAACUUUGAUUUUACAAAGUUCUCUUCUCCAGUAGCAGUGAAAUGUACUCCACAGUACAUAAAAUAAAUUUUAUUUUCCCCUAAAGUUUCCAGCAUUUCAAAACUCCAUCUGUGAAAUCCGGUGUAGAUGUGUGCGUGCGUGAGGAUGCUUGGUUCCAAACCUCGUCAGAUCAGAAGGAAGGAGAGCGGAUGUUUCUACCAAGCAUGAGACUGAAGAGGACGUGUAAUCUACGAUCUCGUAUUUUAAAGAGUAUUGUACAAUUAUACCUGUUGCAAAGAAUAAAGCUCACCUAUACUCCUUUAGAAUGGAUACAUGACAAUGUAAACGCAAUAUCAUAUUACUCUAUCCUAAGGAAUGCAACUGCGCACAUGCACAAAAAAUGUUUUUAUUAAAAUAUAUGUAUAAUAUGACAAAAUAUAUUUCAUUAGAAUGCUAUGCACCCUCAUAGAGUUGUUAUGGAUGUUCUUAAAUGAUUAUCUAGACUAGGCCAAUGCCCACAUCAUGGGGAAUGUAGAGGCUUUGUAUCUAUGACCAUUUGUUUUCUUUUCCUAUGUAUUGUCCCGGAGAGAGGAUAAACAAACGUGAAUAUGUAUACAAGCCUUUUAAACAGAAUUGUUCUGACAUGAAGAUAUGUAUAGACCAUCAUACCCUGUACACCAGCUCUAACCAUUUACAAGACUUAAUAAACAAAGAUGUGACAUUCA